UCUGAGACAGCCAACUAGGAGACCCAUACAAUUGAUGGCUCCCUAUCAGAUGCUGCUGGUGCCACACGGAAAAAAGUAAGAUUUCCUCCAGCCAGAAUGUCAACUGAGAAUUCCACAGAUCUGGUUCAGUAUGUUCCCAAGGACCAGCCUUUUCUUCCUGCCAUUCCAUGGAAUCCAAGAUAUUCCAUAGAAGAACGACUAGCUAGCCAGGAGAGAACCAUGGCUGUUCUUCUUGAACAGGCCUUUCGCAUUAAGGAGGAGAUCUCAUCUUGUCUUCAAGGGAGCCAUGGAUUCCAAAAGGAGGAGUCAAUGGCCAGGCAGCUGCUGGAAAACCACAUCCAGACUAUCACUAGCAUUGUCAAAAAGCUCAAUCAAAACAUCCAGAUUCUAGAAGAACAAAUAAGGGCCCGGGACAAUGCAGCAACCGGAAGUAAUUUUGCUUCCCAGAGUUUUAACCAGAACCAGCUUCAUGGAAUGGGAGAUCUCCGUGGAAGAGUGGCUAGGUGUGAUGCAAGCCUUGCAAAGCUGUCCGGAGACAUUAAUGUCAUCAGGCAUGAGCACCAGAAAGUUGAGAAAGACAUUCAAACGCUCAAGUCCAUUCUGGAAACUUUUUCCAAGACCAUAGAUGUGAAGGUAAUGCAGCUAUUAGGAAGAAUAGACACUUACGGUGUGGAGCAAACCUCAAAUUUAAAGGCAGUCCAGGGGGAUAAUCACCAUGAAUUGAGUCUUCUGAAUUUCAAAUUAAAUGCACUUAAAAAUGAACUCCGUGAACAAGUUCAGAACCAACAGAAGUGGACAGAAAAUCAGCUCAUGAAAUCUGAAAAAGAACAACUCUUGCAUAUAAACCAAUUGCUCAGCACCAUAAAGCUGAAAAUGGAAGAAACAGAAAACAAAUUAGAAGGAAAAGUGCACGAACUAAUAGUGAAAUCAGAAGAGUCACAAAACCCGAGGAGAUUUGAAACAGAGCUGAACAAAAUGAAGUGUGCAGAAAACAAGUUGUACAAAAGAAUGAGUCGAAUGGAAAGGCAGAUAUGGGAAGAGCUUAACAAAAUCCAAAAUGAGUACCAAUCAGGAUUUCAGUCGAUUCGUGGGUCUCUCGAAUCCCUCCAACAAAUACAGACGACAAAGUUCCAGUUAGAGAAAUAUAAAUUCCAGAAAGACAUAAACAAGUUGCAUCGCAAGAUAGUGGAACUCCAAGAAAUGUAAACUCUGUCUCCAUUGGCUUCUUUAUCCUCUUCUACCCAUGGUGCUUAUUGGUUUGCUGAAGAGCUGCAGCCAGGAAUGCAAUAUCUGAAUCCUGCUGUUUACAUUUCUAUUUCGACCUACACUUUUAAAAAGCUAUAAAAGCCAAUAAAGCAAGACAGAAAGAAGUAGAUGUUUUUGUUCAUUUAUUAAAGAAAAAAAAUUUAUAGGAUUGUAG